GCACAGUUGCAGUCAAGUUGAAUAUUCAAAAUAAUCACAAUUUGUGACCUUUCCUUUAUUUUAAUAACUUUUUUCCUAUUUACCUGCAACAUUUCACUCUCAUAAUGGCAAUGAGACGGUUGGGUAUGCUUAAUCCGAGCAAAACACUAUUCCUCUUAUGUGAUGUUCAAGAGAAAUUUCGAUUUAUGAAUCAAUUUGCCGACUUUGCAAAAAAUGUCAAUAAACUUGUAAGCUUCAGCAAAAUCUUUGAGAUUCCACUCAUUGUUACCGAACAAAAUUCAGCAAAACUAGGAAAAACAAUAUCCGAUUUGGACAUUGAACAUGCAAAAGGAGUCUUUGACAAAACAAAGUUCUCAAUGUGUAUACCGGAAGUCCAUCAACUACUUGGCGAUCAUCAAUACAUUGAGUCAAUAGUUUUGUUUGGCAUUGAAAGUCACAUUUGUGUUGAGCACACAGCACUCGAUUUACUAGCAACUGACAAGUAUUCUGUUCAUAUUGUCGCCGACUGUGUUUUGUCACGUACACUUACUGAUCGAAUGAUGGCACUAGAUCGAAUGAGAUCUCUUGGAUGCUUUAUAACAACUUAUGAGAAUGUCAUUUUUAAAUUGAUGAAGGAUAAAAAUCACCCGAAAUUCAAUGACGUCAGGAAAUUGGUUACUGAAACUUCUAGUGAUACCGGAUUGUUUCCAAAGUUGUAAAAAUGUGGAAUGGCUGGUUGUUUGUUAAAUUACUUGUCACGUCUAAAACAUAACUUAUAAAUUUAAUCAAACAAAAGGUGCAAAAUAUAAUUAAAAACAAUUUUUAUUCAACUGAAUAAAACGGUGGUGAAAUAAAUAGAAAUGAAGCCUGAACAAUCAA